AUGGAAGUGUGGAUGCAGGCCACAGCAGGACAGCAUCUGGUCCCCAAAGACAAAGCCAUGGUCCUAGAAACACUGUGUCGGGGGGGCGAGUGGGACGGCGAAGGCAGGUCAGCUCAAGCCCAGACCACCAUCAGCUCCCUGCAGCCCAGUAGAGACCUGAUGGGGUUGGAGGAGGUGUUAUCCAAAGAACAGCCAGAGAAGUCCAAGAAGAGGAAAGACUCCAGGACAGUAGGGCAGCCCGGGGAACCAAAAUACCCCAAUAGAGAAGUUCAUGCGGAAGAUGGCGACAGACUGAGGGGGCAUGGCCAGCGGGAGCCACGGGGCCGUGCCGCUGGGCGGCCGCCACAGCGGUGCGAACGAGAGGCGGAAGCGAGAAGCGCACUAAGUAAAGCCCGGUGUCCGCGUCCGGCGCCUGUGGCGCUGCCAGGAGCCAGGUGGCCCGCCCGAGCCGGAACUCCGGGAGCAGCGGGUGCGGAGCCAGAGCGGAGCCGGCCCGGGACCUGCUCCGCGAACGGCAGGAGCACAAGCGAAGCCCGAAGGGCUGGGCAAAGGACCGCCACGGGGCUGGAUGCAGCUUGCACCAAAUUGGAAUCUUUGCAGAGACUUUUCGAACCGACUACCCCAGCCCCCCCUCUGCGGCCCCCUGACUCCCCUUCCCGUGCCCGGGCCGAGUUCCCCUCCGCCAAAAAAAACUUGCUCAAAGGCCACUUUCGGAACUUCACUCUCUCCUUUUGCGACACCUACACGGUCUGGGACUUGCUGCUGGGCAUGGACCGCCCCGACAGCCUGGACUGCAGUCUGGACACCCUGCUGGGGGACCUGCUGGCUGUGAUGGCUAGCCCGGGCUCCGGGGCCUGGGAGGCAUGUAGCAACUGUAUCGAGGCAUACCAGCGACUGGACCGACAUGCUCAGGAAAAAUAUGACGAGUUCGACCUCGUGCUGCAUAAAUACUUACAGGCAGAAGAGUACUCAAUCCGGUCCUGCACGAAAGGCUGCAAGGCUGUCUACAAGGCCUGGCUGUGUUCAGAAUACUUCAGCGUGACCCAGCAGGAAUGCCAGCGCUGGGUGCCCUGCAAGCAAUACUGCCUGGAGGUGCAGACCCGGUGCCCCUUUAUCCUCCCCGACAAUGAGGAAAUGGUGUACGGAGGGCUCCCUGGCUUUAUCUGUACAGGGUUGCUGGACACUUCACCAAAGCGGCCGGAAACCAAGUGCUGUGACGUGCAGUGGGUCUCCUGUGAGUCGGAGAAGAAGAAGUUCAAGGAGUCUGAGGCCCCCAAAACCCACCACCAGCAAUUCCACCACUCCUAUUUCCACCACUACCACCAACAGUAUCACCACUACCACCCCCGCCACGAUCCCCCAGGCCGCGUUAGCCACAAGCCCUCCCUGCUGCCCGUCUCUGGGGGAUCCCGCCUCAGCCCCAGCAGGAUCCGGCUCUGUGUCCUUGUUCUCAUGCUCCUCCAUACCAUGGUGUCCUUCUCCAGCAAUCAGGGUGGUGGAGUACUGGGGCUGGAGACACUGCCUGCCCUAGAGGAGGGCCUGACACGGGAAGAGUGAAAGCAGGGAGGGAGGACAGACCUCCAUCACAUACUGACAGCAGCUCUAGCUCCCCCACUGGGGGGGAGGGAGCUCCUCCCAUGGGAGGUAUAGAACCAGGUGGGGGGCGGGGGGGAAAUGGGGGACCACACAUCCCCCCAACCUCCCCCCACCCCAAAAGCAGCUCCAACAGAAUGGCCAGAGGGCCCCAGGGAGCUGCAAAUCUCAUCUGGGAGAAAAAGAUAGGAGCAGCAGGUGCCCCCUCCCAAGCCCCAUCUGUGAGGCUUAGCAAAAAAUGGGGGGGAAUAGGGGCCAGAAUUGGCCACCCCUGCUGAGAGCCCUGACCCCAGGGAAGGAGGCUGCUCACCCAGCCUUGGCCCUGCAGGGAAUGUUGGGGGGCACAGAGGGGAAAAGGUCUUUUCCCCCCCUCCACAUUCCUUUUGUUGCCAAGAUCCUUAAUUCCCUCCUGCCCAUAUCCCUACAGGCGACGGCAGACAGUGCAUUGGCCCUCCUGCCACUACAGUGCACCUCGCCCCACAUGGGGCCACCACAGGUGAAAUACCAGGCUGGGACAUGAGGUGCACACAGUUGCAGCUAGGUUGGGGCCCCAGUUAAGCUGUGCCCCACCACCCUAGGCAAUGAGGGGUAGGAAUGGGGUAUGGAAUAAGUGGUAAAAGAGAAUGAAGAUAGGGAAGCAGGAGAGGAGAGGAGAGACACAGAGGGCCUAGAGAGAUGGCCAAAUGGGCUACUGCCAUGUGGCUUUGGGGAGGUGAGUGAUUAAUGACAAGGCAGAUACAGAACUGAUCCCCAAAUCAGAGAGAAUUGCAGAAGGAGCCCUCUGAAGAAAGAGCAUAGGAACUGAGUUGUUGGGCCAAAAAUCAGAAGGCUGAGGGCAUGUGGUAGGACUGCCGCUGUCUGAAGGGCCAUAUCUUACAGAAGGUGCACAUACUCCCAAGGGCCACUCUUGCCCUGGAGAUCUUGGCCUUAAGGCCAAAGACCUUUCAUUUCCGAUCUCCACGGGGAGGAGGGACUUGAACCCAAGUGGGUCAGGCCUGGCCUGGGUCCUCAUACUCCCCCAUCCUGUCCUAGCCCAGGCCUCCAUGAAGGAGAACCUGGAGGCCUUGCCCCAGAACUCUCCAGAGAUGAGCCUUCCCUGUCCCCACCCUGUCCCCUUCCCCAGCCUACCAAAGAGUAUUCAUCCCUUCCCAUCCCUGCCCCCAAGGGUUAUUAUCCCAAUUGUGGAACAACCAAACUCCUCCUCACCCUAUAGUGGGUCCCUUACUCCAGUCACCCCUGUCCCUUGCUGGAGAAAGUCCAGAGUAGGGGAAGAAGACCUUUUGACUAAAGAUAAUGUGCUGUUUUCCCUUGGCUAUAAGACUUGAAUGUUUAGUCAGGCUAGAGGGUUGAAUGAGAAAAGAGAUAUUGGGUUCCCUGUGGGCGCUAUUAGCCUUAUAUUGGUCAGCUGAGAGGGGAGGCUAUAUUGCCUAGGGCAUCUCAAAGCCAGUCAAAGCUGACAAAAGCCAGAGCCAGAACUCUGGGCCAGGCCAGGGCCUUCCAGUGCCAGAAAAGCCUGCAUCGUAUGAUGUGAGGCUAGUGAGUGGAGGAGAGGGGUAGCCCUGGAGCUGCAGCAGAAGAAGCUGCAGCCAAGACGAUGGGGUAUAGAGGGAGAGUUGAACUUUGUUGGCUUAGGGAUGAAUGGAAGGCCUCCCUACUAGAGAAGGAAUCAUUCAGGGGAGCCUGAGAAAUCCUUCCCUGACAGUUUUCUCAUUUCUCACAGCCCGUUCCCCCUUGCCCCAUGCCCUACCCACACACAUCCCUUUUUGGCCCUCAGCACUUUGGGCCUGGCCACAUACCCCAUCCCUACAGUGCUCUUUUCAGCUGGGGAGGGGAAGAGGUGCUGGCAUCUUUCCAGACGUGCUUAUGUAUAAGUGAAGGGGCAGGUGCUUGGGCUCCAGAGAGACCCCAGGUACUGCCUUCUAACACCUGCAUCCUCAGGAGGGGAAACGGGACUGGGCAGUAAAGGGGGCCAUAUGGCCCCAGGGAAUGGACCCUUGGAGACUCCCAUCCUCUCUUUCCCCUCACCAAGUGCCCAGGAGACCCCUGGCUCAGACCAGCCCAAGGCCUUGCCCAGUGGCAGGGGAAAGGGGCACCACGCUCCACCUCAAAGUCAUUUGACUGUCCCCAUUCACUCCACCAACCCAAUCUUCCACCACCUCUUGGGCUGCCCCUGCUGUCUAUCACAGGCAGUAGAGCUGGGCAGCUUUCUUAUGCCAUUUUCUACACUGUGCUUCAUCAGUAGGACUUUCUUGCACUAGUUCCUAUGACUGAGUCUCCAAGCUGGUUUCCUAGUAGUCCCUCCUCCCUUCCUCCCUUACCUGGCUAUGAUUCAGUUGUCUCUGCCCUUCCUUGUACCCCUGCCUCUGUGUUUCAGUGAGAGUCUCUGUAUGUGUACUGCUUUCUGUUUUGUUGCAUUGUGGGGCAGAGGCCUCUCUGCUCUUGUUUAACCCCAUAAAUAAAUGGUAAGACUUGAUGAUAACCCUC